CUUCUUUUUCCCUUUCCUACUCCUUCCCACGCCUCUCUGGCCUCUGCAGUUGAUGGCUACACGCACAGUCGCACACGUCCGAUGACGAUGAGCGCGAACAAGUAUGCCAACCUCCCUGAUAUUGAUACAGCGCCAGAUGUCUAUGAGACUGAGGACGUCAUUCCAUCCUCCCAUGCGGACAAUGGCGACUCGACCGAUGACGAACCGUCUGCCGUCCGCACUCGCACCAGGGCUGCGGGCGGUGCUACAUUAGCUGGCCGCGAAGAGCUCGACACAAGCAACCUCAUAAGUACGGAAGAUGCUAGCAAGCAUUUUAGAAAAGCAGAGCGGAAACGUCGACCGCGGACGCGAUAUGCCUAUCCGCCAUCACCUUCUUCCAGUCGAUCACGUUCCACGUCACGUUCAUUAUCCCCGACGCGUCGCUUGUCACUCCCCGCUCGAUUGCGCGCUCUACAAGCAGAGUUAGCCACGCUUGAAGCAGAACUCGCUGAUCCGUCAAACCCAGCGCUGCAAGCUCGUGAGAAGGGCGGCGAUGUUGCUGAUCCAGGCGAAAUGAUAAUGGGACUUGUCGAUGUGCGGGAGAGGCUGGAGAAAGUGAGAAACGCAAGAGAAGGCCGGGGGAAAUUGGUCAGUGUGGUGCUGGGUGACAGAUUCCGUGGCGGAGCUGGGGAAGAGAGGGAUCGUCAUGAAGGUACCCCUGAACGGAAUGAAGGAGACAUGGCCAAGGAUAGUCAUGUCAAGGACGGGGAUGUCGCACCCGAGACACGGAGUAUUACCGAAAUGGACAAGCGCGUCGGCGAACUGGAGAAACUCAUAGGAUCGGUGAACGUCACACUUGACGAAACGACGCCCCUCACGCCGCCUCUUCUCCCAAUGCUAAUGCGACUGAACAAUCAGCUCACGCUGCUCACCCAACCGCGCCACAUAGACUCCGUUUCAAGGCGUUUAAAAUUGCUUUUGUCUGACCUUGAGCGCGCGUCGACUAAUCAAGCACAAAAACGACAGAAUGGCUUGCAAGAUACCCCACCAGGAAGUGCCCCUGCUCAAGAUGCCGUUCUCCCUUUACUUUCCCGCCUUGCUCCCUCCCUGCCACAUAUACCCCACAUCCUGACCCGCCUUCGGACGCUCUCUUCAUUGCAUGGAUCUGCAACCGACUUCCAAAGUACAGUUGCCGCUCUUGAAGAAGAGCAAAAGCGGACGCGAGAGGCACUGAAUGCGCUGAAAACUGCUGUAGAAGGUGUCGAAAGCAGCCUGGAAGCAAACCGUACCACUGCUGCUGGUAACGUCAGCAAUUUGGACGGGCGGGUCGACGACUUACUCAACAGAUUAAAUCUACUCUCGAAAUGAAGACGGACUUACAGGGUAUAUGUCAAGAAAUGAUACACCUGUUCUGAUUAUACACUAAAAUACAAGGAUUUGACACAGCACAGAUGGCAAUUAAUAC